AUGAAACGCGAGGAGAGACAACUUAUUGAGGUAGAUCCCAUCCCUCUUGACCUAGAGUUGGCUAUACUCACUAGAUUGCCAGCAAAAUCUCUUUUCAAGUUCCUAUGCGUGUCAAAGAUGUGGUCUUCUAUCAUACGAAGCCAAAGCUUCGUUGAUUCUUACUACGCUUUGUCCUCCACGACGCGAUCGCGGUUUAUAGUCACUUUCGGUUGCGGUGCACAAGCCAAGUUUGAAGACAGGCGUUUGUUCGUCUUCUCGUCUUCCUACGAAUGUGAGAAAUCUUCUUCUUUGGCAACCAAUCUCGAUAUGACUAUACCUUCUAGUGGUUCGUUCAUUGUCUUUAACCCCAGCACCAACAUAUUCAACAUCCUACCAUUCACUGGUGCACGCACAUCCUGGGCAUACGAUCCUGUUGGAGAUCAAUUCAAAUCAUUGACCAUGGUGUCUUAUCCUCAUCGGCCUCCUGAUCACCUGAUGCACGAGGUUUUAACACUUGGAGGAGGAGAAUCUUCAUGGACACGCAAUAAGUUAAUCAGCCCUCCUCAUCACACUGUUACCAAAUCAAUAUGCAUCAAUGGUUUUGUUUAUUAUGGUGCUUGGACCCCAACCCGAUCUGCAAAUCCCGUGAUUGUGUGUUUUGAUGUUAGAUUUGAGACGCUAAGUUUUAUCGAAGCGCCUAGGCCUGUUGUUUGGUGGGGAGGUGAAUCAAUUCUGAUGGAAUACAAAGGGAAGUUAGCUUCCAUUACAAGACACCCUUAUGCUGAUUUCCAAUCUUUUGAUUUAUGGAUACUAGAGGAUGUCAAGACACAUGAUUGGUCCAAGCAAACAUUUCAGCUUCCUUUCUCUUUGGGGAUGGGUAAGAAUAUCACUUCCCCGGGCACCAACAAGGCUGGUGAAAUCAUUUUUGCCCCUAAACUCCUGUCUUAUAAUGAUGUUCAACCCUACUACAUUUUCUACUACAAUGUAGAAAGAAAAGACAUAAGAAGAGUUAGGCUCCUAGGAAUUGCUGACGAUGAAGAGUUUAGGCAUCGUUACGGAAUCGCAGGGGAAUGUUACGUUUGGAUCUCACCGGAACACAUCGAAAGUAUUGCUACUCUAUGA